ACACGCUCAGGUUAUCGAUUUGCCUCCCAGCGCCAUCGUUACAUACAUCGGAGAACCUAGAGAUUCCACCCAAUCUCCGUCGCCACCAUCUGUCCGCGACCGUGGCCCUUAUCCACUGCGUCGGUCCCCCCGCACCUACUUUGACGACAUCCUCCCAACCUCAACUCGAAGCAGACCUUCAACCAGAGGCGACAUCAUGGUCACUUUCACCGGUCAUCAACAAGCCAUGCCUUCCCGUCAUUCGCCACUGCCUAGUCACACGGGCAUGUUCAACGAUAGCAUGCUCAUCGACGAGGUCAUGCACACGCCGACCCCCUUCAAAGGGCCUUUACACGCGUCGGUAAAGGUGGUCCUCGACAACGCGUCGGAUCGCCUGGAGAUGAUCGGAGGGGCUCGCACGGGAACUGCAUACUCGCUAGCUGGACAUGUUGUUUUGACGGUACCGAACCUGCCCUUGGCGGGAGGAUGCCCCGACAACUCGUUGCGAAACAGGAUCAGAGAGCUGAAGCGUUUAAGGGUGUCUUUCGAGGGCAAGAGCGAGUACCAUGAUGAUACCGGUCGAUAUCAAGUCAUGCAACUCUGUCGGGUCGACAAGGACUUGAUGCCGGAACAAGAACGACCGCAGCUGCUCCACGACUAUCCCUCCAGCCAGUCGUCUUCAGGCUAUCAGAAUUCGACAUCUUACGCUCUCGCCUUUGACCUGACUGUGCCCGGUUGGUUGCCGGCUAGCUUUUCCAACGAGCUCACUACUACGUCAUACGGGAUGAUCUGUGAGGCCGAGAUCGGAUGGGCGUCAGCAAUGGAUAGCAGUUUCACUUCCAACUCGACCGUCGACGGAGCGCUCUAUGCCAAUCACUCUACGGUUUCCUCCAUGCCUAUCCCUAUCGGGAGUGGCUUUGGAGCCGCGUCUCGUUUCCUGCCGCGCUUGGCCAAAUCGAUGGCGACCGCUUUCACCGGAUUCCCCGCUGCUCAGUGGGAAUCGGAUCACACUCGAACUCUGAGAUCCGAGUUCAAGACCAUCAAGAUUGUUCGACACCGAGCGCCGGCUACCACUUCCACGUCUCUUGACGAGCGCGGUUUCAGGAUUGGACAGAUUGCCAACCAGACCGAGACCCCGCAACGCCACUUUACAUUGAAGCCUUCGGAAGACAGCCCGAGCCCGAUCGAAUGCAUGGUCAGCACGCCCGAGAUCGUCGACCUGGACGGACCUAGCCUUCGGGUCAGCGUGCGACUUCGAGCUCGAAAGAUGGCAUCGUCAGCACCAGCGGCGUUGGCUCCCUCCGAGCCAUCUCGAGCCAUACCCGCUGGGGUCAUGAGGUCGACCGACGAGAACGGCGACGUGUCUAUGGAGGAUCUUACUGGGAUGGGUGAAGAGUCUUCCGAUUGCGCGGGCCGUUCGCACAAGCGGGUCCCAUCUUCGAUUACCAUUGAGGAGAGGGUCAAGAUGGUCGAGAUUGGAAUGGAAGUCGAGGAGAUCGAGCGAUACAGUUCUCUUCCUGCUCAGACAUUCACUUCAUCCUUCCCCAUCCCCGAGGACCAACCCAGUCUGUCGGCCAAUUCUGCUCCUUUCGAGUCCAACAGCAAUGCCUACCUUACCCCUCCUUCUCAUUCGGCACGGAUCCAUCUCCUCGGUCUCGCUCCCACGACACUCGCCAAACCCAACCGGAGUCGAACUUUGCUCCUGGGAGAAGAUGGAAAACCUCGAACGUACCGGUUCGAAGGCGAAGGCUUGGAUCUCGGGAGCGGGUGGCGCAAGGUCAACAUCGUCGUGCCUCUACCGCCUCGCUCAACCGAUGGCUCGAACCCUCUGCAGCCUAGCUCGGAGACCGAAACGCCAUAUCUGAAGCUCAAGCACAAGCUGAAGAUCAAGCUUAUUUGCAAGACGCCAGCAGCAGUAGGUGCAGAGACCGUUGUCUGCCUGACCACCCCACUCCGGAUGAGCACCUCGGCACCGACCAUCAGACGCAGCCCAUUCGCGUCUCCGACUGCGGGCAAACCUCUCAUCCCACUCCCCGCAUACAACCAGAUCUUCCACGAGAAUGGUGCGGUCCGAGAGGAUGAUGACCCUUUGCCACUGUAUGAGGAACCUUCGACGCCCAUCGCAGAGUUGCUCACAUCUUCGACACCGAGCGAGAACGAGAUGGAGUCUGCGGAGGAAGCUAUGGACAUUGCGGAUCAGGAACAGGUACUACAAACCCUCGCUACAGACGAUCACACCUUGAGUCCGGUACCAGAACCGUCAGCCCCGAGUUACGGACACCAUGUUCCCCCUCAAUCAGCCGACUGGGACUCCUCUAUUCCUUCGCUCAUAUCGGGCACCCAUCUCUACUCUCCGACUUCGACCUUUGCGUCCGUUCCCGGACCUCGCACGCCACACACACCUCGAAGUGCCUCGCCAUCUUCUUUCGACGAGAUGAACGGGAUCGCUUUCGGGUUCGGAACACCGGACACUCUCGCCGAAUCAUACAGGAUACCGGGAUCUACAGGAGACGUUUACGGACAAACUUUACCACCCGACGUCAUUGCACGAUAUCAGAUGCUUUCGAGAGUCAAAGGCGCCAGAAAUGCCUCGGGACUCUCGCAACUUGCCGCAACCCAGGAAAUGAGCUAGACACGCGCUCAACGAGACCUUAUAAUGAGUAUAGGAUAGUAGCGAUGAUGAACUAGAUACCAGUUUCUUCUCGACCGAACAAGCAUUGUAAAAAGACUGUAGCAUCUUAUAUCAUCGCAUACGGCAGC